GGGAGGGAGGCCAUCCAUCCACUUGUUGUCUGUCGCCUCCUCCAGUCGGUCACUGGCAAGUGUACGCUCGGCGGCCUCCAGGCAACAGUGUCGCUCUGCCGUCGCCGUCUGAAGCCCCGGCGGAUUGACCGUGUCUUUCUCCGCGCCUGGAUGGAGCCCGGGCCCGAGCGGCGGGCUGGUUGCUAGGGAGCGGUCGGCAGCAGUGCAGUUAAGAUAAUGAAGAAAUAAAGAUGACAUUUAAUUUAGAGCCAACCACUAGCUCCAGAGUGACGGUGAAUUCUAAUUUAACCUACUGCUACAGUGCUCGGAUAAGAAGUACUGUGUUGCAAGGCCUGCCCUUCGGAGGGGUUCCUACAGUUCUUGCACUAGAUUUUAUGUGCUUUUUGGUGCUCUUGUUUGUGUUCUCAAUUUUGCGGAAAGUAGCCUGGGAUUAUGGGCGUCUCGCACUGGUGUCGGAUUCUGAGAGAAAGAGACGUGGGAAACUACGAGCGGAAGAGCGGGAAUAUGUGGCUUCGGCUUUGCAUUCGGAGAACCAUGACCGAUAUGAGCGCCUGACCUCCGUGUCAAGCUCAGUUGACUAUGAUCAGAGGGAUAAUGGCUUCUGUUCGUGGUUGACUGCUAUCUUCAGAAUAAAAGAUGAAGAGAUCAGAGAGAAAUGUGGCGAAGAUGCCGUCCACUACUUGUCCUUCCAGCGUCACAUUAUCGGGCUACUGGUGGUCAUUGGCGUAUUCUCUGUGGGAAUAGUCCUGCCUGUCAACUUCUCUGGAGAUCUGCUCGAAAAUAAUGCCUACAGCUUUGGCCGGACGACUAUCGCAAACCUGAAGUCUGGGAAUGACCUACUAUGGCUCCAUACCGUAUUCUCUUUCCUGUACCUGCUUCUCACUGUCUACAGCAUGAGGCGACAUACUUCCAAAAUGCACUACAAGGAAGAUGAUUUGGUAAAACGCACUUUAUUUAUAAGUGGAUUAUCAAAAUAUGCUGAACCAGAGCAAAUAAAACAAUACUUUCAGACUGCCUAUCCAGAUUGCCCUGUUUAUGAAGCCCGACUGUGCUAUAAUGUCACCAAGUUAAUGCGUCUCAGGGAAGCCCAGUUGAAAGCGGAGCGCAGUCGUGUGUACUAUUCGAAAGAGGAGACGCCAGUCAUGAUAAACCCCAAGCCCUGCGGUCAGAUCUGCUGCUGUGUGGUCAAAGGCUGUGAGCAGGAGAACGCUGUGGAGUAUUACAUGAGACUGGAGCAGAAACUGAAGGAGGAGUACAUCAAAGAGAAGGAAAAGGUGUACGAGAAGCCGCUCGGCAUGGCCUUCGUCACCUUCAACGAUGAGGCCGCUGCGGCUCGAGUUCUCCGAGACUUCAAUGCUUGUAAGUGUCAGGGCUGCUUUUCCAGUGGAACGCAACAACAGACUUUCAACACUGACUGCCGCGCUACCAAAUGGACUGUGGGCUAUGCCCCUGAUCCGCACAACAUUUACUGGGAAAACCUGCCACUGAAGGGAAUAUCAUGGUGGCUCCGAUGCUUCAUCAUUAACUCCGUCCUUUUCAUUCUACUCUUCUUCUUGACCACCCCGGCCAUUAUCAUUACUACAAUGGACAAGUUCAACGUCACAAAGCCUGUUGAGUAUUUAAACAACCCCAUCAUCACGCAGUUUUUCCCAACCCUCCUGCUGUGGUGUUUCUCUGCCCUCCUCCCGACCAUAGUUUAUUACUCGGGAUUCUUCGAAGCACAUUGGACAAGGUCAGGGGAAAACCGGACAACAAUGCACAAAUGCUACACGUUCCUUAUCUUCAUGGUUUUAAUUCUCCCAUCACUGGGUCUCAGCAGUCUGGAUCUGUUUUUCCGUUGGCUGUUUGACAAGAAGUUCCUGGAAGAAGCUUCUGUACGGUUUGAGUGUGUCUUUCUCCCCGAUAAUGGUGCUUUUUUUGUGAAUUACGUGAUUGCUUCUGCGUUCAUCGGAAAUGCCAUGGACCUGCUGCGCAUCCCUGGCCUGCUGAUGUACAUGAUCCGCCUCUCCUUGGCCAAGUCAGCAGCAGAGAGGAAGAACGUCAAACGCCACCAAGCCUAUGAGUUCCAGUUUGGAGCAGCUUAUGGGUGGAUGAUGUGCAUCUUCACCGUGGUUAUGACCUACAGCAUCACGUGCCCCAUCAUCGUUCCAUUUGGUUUAAUGUACAUGCUCCUGAAGCACUUGGUGGAUCGUUACAACAUGUACUAUGCCUACCUGCCCGCUAAACUGGACAAGAAGAUCCACUCUGGGGCCGUGAAUCAGGUGGUGGCAGCUCCCAUCCUCUGCCUGCUCUGUCUGCUUUUCUUCUCCACCGUCAGAACAGGCUUCUUAGCUGCUACAUCCAUGUUUACAUUUGUUGUCCUGGUGGUCACUAUCGUUAUCUGCCUCUCUCAUGUCUGCUUUGGCCACUUCAAAUACCUCAGUGCACAUAACUACAAGCAAACCUCUCCUCCAGCAGAUGCAAUAAGUACAGAGGAUGAAUCCUGUUACAGGACGCUGAUCGACCACAGUGAGGUGGAUGGAGCAGUGGAAGCAAACGGACUUCGGGAAGGCACUUCGUCCCCACCCAAGGUCACACGGUACAUCGCCCAGGUCUUGCAGGACCCUCAGACGGAGCCCACAGGAGACAAUGAGCAGCCACCUUCGCAGAAGAAUGCCAAGGAAGUGAUCAGCGAAGGAGAGUUCCAGUCCUGCGAAGACGGUCUCAUUGAAAACGAGGUUCAUCAUUAGUGGAAAAUCACAAGGAGCUUUUUUCAUUCAUUGAAAAUAAAAAACAAACAUAAGUGCAACGGGUAGGAUCAGGUACCAGGGCAUCGCAGGCUCAGUGAAACUCGCCUGUAACUAAUCCUUGGUACCGUGUAGGUUAUAGCAGUGCAGUGCAAAUUGCUAAACUUGUAGGUACACAAAAUUGCAAAUUGCAAAUUGCUAAACUUGUACUUGUUUUGCUGAUGGGAGGAGCAUAACUGGAAAUAUUAAUGGCAUGAAGGAGAAAAUAAUGAUUUUUUUUUUAUCGAUCUCACCAAUUAUUAGCCCCCAGGUCCAUGUGUGUUAGUGGUUGGAAAUGUUGCUACAUCUCUAAUAUUAGUCCAAGAAAAUACUGGAGUGGGAAAUUGGCAACCGAGCCUGGUUACAUAAGCACACAUACUGUUGCUGGGUGUGUGUGUGUGUGUGCCCAUGUGUGUGUGUGUGUGUGUGUGUGCGCAUUUGCAGAAGGGAAAGAAAUCGAAAAACAGAAGAGAAGCUUUUGGUAUUUUUUAAUCCUUUGAGGUGUACGAGAAUCGUUAUUAGCAAUUAGUGCACUUUUCCUGUUCAAAUCAUGUUAAAAAAUAAAUGGGUCAACUUUGUGAGAUUAUUUGUAAGUACAUGGUUAAACUUAGUUUAUAUAUAUUUUUUUUAAAAGGAGUGGUCCAACGUUUUCUGUUGCUAUCUCCCUACCAAAUGUAAAUGAGUUCUGAGUGUUGGGUAUCAUCUGUGUGACUUGGGUUGCGUGAAGGAAUGGAAAUCCAGCACGUUCAUGCUUCAGGCGGUGCAAGCUUUUCCAAUUUAUCUGGGGAAACCAUUGGAGAGAUGAGACGUGCACAAACAAGGGGGUGCGGGUGGCUGAAUGGCAGCGGGCAACAUUUGCCCGGUCUAGACGUACGAUUGCUGUUGAGGCCGAGCCCGAGUUUGCUCUGAGCAUCACCAACUGAAGUUCUCCACAUGCUAGACGUCCAACAUUUUCCCUCUUCCUUCGAGGUUCUAUCUGUGGCCAGUGGACUCUGUCGAUCAAGGGUUGGGCGCAGUCAUCACUAACGCAUUGCCUGGUCAAUAGGCUGGUGAUGUUUUGGGAGAAUGGAGAGGUCUAAUACUCUGGCUGUGUUCACAUUGUAAAACUAUUGAAGAUCCCUAAAGAGUCCCAUGUACCAAAGAUUUCCAAAUCCGUAUCUGCUGCAUUUUUUUAAUUGUUGGUUUCAGAUGGAGCUAUCGGAAGAAUUGAUUGGAUUACCUGUGCAUUGAACGUGCACAUGCCCACAUUUUGUAAUCAUUGGUUUGGAGCGAGCUAGCUGAAGAACACAUGGGAAUGACCAUGUAUUGACCUUGUGGUUCUAUCACUUAAAGACUGAAGGUCCAGUAUGGCUUUGCCCUGUGUCCCAUCCUUGUGCCUCUCCCACGCUGGAUGUAAACGGUAAUAUUGUCCAGAAGCUCUUAACGAAGCGGUUAUACCUCAGAUGAUUAAAAGCAUAACUAACAUUACCACCUAGAUUGAAUCACUGCAGAUUGAAGUUUGUCCGAGGCUGCUCGUACGGCAAAGCUGGUAGAGGCUGCCCUUGUUAAUGAUGAAAGAAUUACCAACACAGAAUCACCAUUACCAAUUGUAAUGAUUCAGUUGCAUCUCAAGUCCAAUCAGAAUAGUUGUCUUAGCAAUCCAACUAAAGGCCCCAACACAAUUAUUUUCCAUAUUCAUGCAAACAAGCCAGAAGUUGCACCACCCAAUUUGAUCUGGUAAUGUUUUUUUUUUUGAAGUCUCUACUUUCGCUAUUAAGAAUUUAAUUUCUCCUUCAGCAGAUUGCAGAGAGAGAAAAUGUUUAAGAUGUCUGGGUGCGGUUCAUUAUAUUAGAGAAUGUAACAUUCCUUUUUCACAAGACAUCCACUCACUACUUUUCUUUUGAAAUGUCAUUUACAAUUUGGUCUUGAAAUAAAGAAAUAUUAAUGUUGGACAAAGUUUGCUGCCUUGAAUGUGCAGUAACUACUCUUUGGCCCACAGGGUAUUUUUUGAAAGUUGGUGGCGAGAGUAAUAAAUUACUUUUCUCCAUUGCGCCUGUACUUUGGGGGGGGGGGGGGUGUCAAAGAGAGGUUGCCUUUACAGGAGGCAGAGGAAACUCAAUGAUUAGCGUUAGUUCCAGGCUCACUGUCUGCCCAUUGAUGAGCAUAAGGCGACCACUCGCAGGAUAAUGCUGUGUGCGUUGAUUUUUUGAUGGGAUCCUAAUUAAACGCGGAACCCAUUUAGCUAGGGUGCCUGCCAUUUGGGACUUUGUGAACUCCAGAGAAGGAAAUAGCAGUGCAAAGCCACUUGUCUAGAAACGGCGGGGCUGACCAUGGCUAUUUAGCACGAGCCAUCAGAUCUUCACCUUUACAAACACCUAGUUCAUGUUAUGUUGCGUUUGAAAGCUCAUUCUUUUUGUGUCUCGGUCAAUGUGAUGGGAAUGAUUGGGUAAGGGUUUGUUCCAUGUAAUGUGGGUGAAUGAGCAGAGCUCUGCCCACCCACAGCAUUUCUCUAGAUCGACUUCAACGCUGACCAAAAUACCGUUUUGGUUUUUUUUUUACUCCCAAGAAAAGUAUGUUUCGGAAUGUGUUGAUUUGGUAUAAUUGGGAUUAGCAAUUGGAAGGCUUAUCAGCUGUAACAACAUGUCGACUAUUAACUUUUUGUCCAUUCAUGUGUGGGUUUUCACACUUGCGGAUGGAGCAUGAGUGUAACGGGGUUCUUUAAAGUGUGUGUGGAUAAUGUCCUUGGGUGGGGUUAUUUGUAUAUAUCUGAAUGAACUAAAGUGCAAGCACUGUAUAUAUAAUUAAUAUAGAUCAGCCAAUUGCUUCACAUCUGUCCUGUGGUGCAGUGGUGACACCUGCAGUAAAUUAUUAAUAGAUAUUACCAUUUGAAGCUGUCUGUUCAUCUUGUACAUAGUCACUUGUGUAAGAACUUGGAAAUGCUUUUGGAGAAACAUCUGCCUUCUACACCCAUUGCCCCUUGGCUAUUGAACUCCCAACGAAGGAGAGCAGACCUGGAAUCUAAAUCUCCACUAAAUUCCCUUCCGGAUGCAACCCACCACCUCAGGUUGGCUUGGAAUAACGAGGCCAGGCUGCAAAGUGUAUGGAUAAGGAAGUGGCGGUGAUAUCAUCUGCAGAUGUGCAUGGGAUCUGGGUGAUUACAACAUUGGAAAGGACCUCGCUUGUGGGAUUCAGGAUGUGAAAAUGAACUUAAGGGACCUUUUCCUCGAUCCAUGCCAUGCCAUGACUUGGAAUACUUGAUUGUUGAAUCUGGGCGCAGGACAAUACAAUCCUCCACAACUGGCAUCUUGUUCCAAAGUGUAUAAGCAACUACAGACACACUGGAGAUGUAUUACUGUUUGAUGGUUUCCAUUUCAAACUAUUGAGCGGUGUGUUAUUUUCGAUACAAGUAACUGGAAUUCCACUUGGAUUUUUUUUUUUUGUAGAUGGUGUUACCCUUUCAUGUUUCCAGGUAGUUGACUGAUUUCCUGGUUGCCUCUUGUCCGUACUGAAUGAAGUUAAUACUGCUUAUAAAUCACAAAGAAUGAAUUGAAUC